AUGCGCGCUUCCGUUAUUGUUCUCGGGUUCCUUGCUACUCUCACUGUCGCUCUUCCUGAGGCUAUGCCUAAGGUUCAGACUGCUUGUCAAUCUGAAACUAUGGCUUGCAUCGCUGAUAACUGUGGUAUUGAGGGAUGUUGCUGUGAGGGACUUGCUUGUUCUUCCAACGGCACUUGCACCCAGCUGUAA